AUGAAGCUCGUCCGGUUCCUGAUGAAAUGCGCCAAUGAGACGGUGACGAUCGAGCUGAAGAAUGGAACCAUCCUCCACGGCACCAUCACCUCGGUCUCGCCGCAGAUGAACACCAGCCUCCGCACCGUCAAGAUGACCCCCAAGGGCCGCGACCCCAUCGGCCUCGACACCAUCAACAUCCGCGGCUCCACCAUCCGCUACUACAUCCUGCCGGACAGCCUGCCGCUCGACACGCUGCUGAUCGACGACACGCCCAAGCCCAAGAACAAGGCGCGCAAGGAGGCGGACCGUGGGGGUCGCGGGGGAAGAGGUGGGCCCCGCGGGAGGGGACGCGGGCGUGGCAGGGGCCGGGGCCGGGGAUUCUAGAUUUUCUUCUCCCCUGUGUCUUUAUGAACUUGGGUGUGAUGUUGGGACGGUGAAUGGGUCUUCUUACUGGAUGCGGUGGUGGAAGGAUCGCGAGGGAUGGGGAUACCUACCCUACUUGCUGUAGGUGGAGGGAGGGGGUCAUCUAUUGCGUUCAUUUUGCUGUCAUUUUUUUUCUCUCUAUCUUGAAAGUCAUCAUCUUCAUCGUCAUGGGAAAAUAUGGAGUUCGUUUUUAUUUUUUCGUGAUUUAUCUCGUUUCUUGCUUGUUGGGCAGUGUAUCCGGUUGUGUGGUUUGUAGUUGUAGUUCGAGAGAGAAAUCAACGCAACCCCUAAGAUAGAUUAAGAGUCAAUGUCAAGAGCAGAGCAGAGCUG